CUAUCACAUAACGCUCUCUGACUGCCUUUGCAGUUACUUCCGGUUCCUUGUGAGCGUUUCCUUUUCAAGGUUUGAGCAUAGAGAUGCCAGGGAUAGAGCGGCUCCGCUGUUUCGACUAGCGCUAGAGGAUCUAUGCAGUUGUUGUUUCUUUGUUUUCACCCCAGGCGCCACAAGCGCAGCUCUAUCGCUUUCAGGAUCUAGUCUUUUGGCUUCCGUGGCAUCAUCCCUGCCGGAAGUGGAUUUUCUGCAUAACGGUGUCCAUGGAGACGGAAGAUGGCACCUCGCAAUCGCCAGCUCUCCUCUACUCCUCUGGAGAUCCUGCUUUUUCUCAAUGGGUGGUAUUAUGCCACAUAUUUCUUGCUUGAGAUCUUCAUAUUUGUCUAUAAAGGACUCCUGUUGCCCUAUCCCUCUGCUAAUCUGGCUUUGGACCUGGUCAUGCUUUUUCUUUAUCUCGGUAUUGAAGUUACAAGGAUAUUUUUUGGCUCUAAAGGAAACCUCUGUCAACGGAAGGUGCCACUUGCCAUCAGCCUGGCACUAACCUUUCCAGCAGCAGUGAUGGCAGCCUACUAUCUGCUACUGCAAACGUAUGCGCUGCGCCUGGAAGCCAUCCUCAAUGCUAUCCUGCUUCUGUUCUAUGCAGUUGAGCUCUUGCUGGGUAUUCUUACCCUGGCCUCCUUCUCCAGUCUGGACUCAUACUGAGAAUCAAGUUGGGCUGUACUGUGUGCACCUAGAAGAAAAGAGGCUGCCUGAGCCCUCCAUUUCUGUGACUAGUGUGUUCAAUCUAGUUCCUUGGACAAGCUGAAGGAAGAUGCAGCCACCCAAUUUGCUUCAAGCAUACAUAAGGAGAAGGCCAUCAUCGUUUUCCAAUAAGAGGACAGGCCGAGACACCCAAUACAUCCCUACCACCACCCUUGCAUUCCUUCUGAGAGAUGACAGUAUUUCCAUUCAGACUUUACACUCUGGACCACUGACUUUUGUAAGUUGAAAAGACUGGACUAUGAAGUUUCACAUCAUCCAUAGGUUAUGGCUGCAGAUGAGGUGUCCUUCACAAUUCUCAAUGUGGCACAUUCUAACAGGGGCUCCAAAAACCUACCAUGUGUGCACUGACUCUCAUGAGAGCCCCUUUGCUCUGCCCUUCCUAACUGGUCCAUCCUAUCCCUGAAAGGGGUGGGGUUGAGAAUGAGGGCAGUGGGUCUUGGGUCCCUUCCCUAACUCAGUAUUGUUAUUUUGUGUGUGUAUUGGCAAUUUGUGAUACUUGGUUUUCUACUGUACUUGUGGAAUAAAUAUUUAUUUUUCAA